AAAUCACAUCUGUCAGUCAUUCAGUUCGCAGAAAACACAAAGAGAGACUAAAAGACUUAACCAGAUGGCGUUCUAUGAAAGUUGUUUGUCUUUAUUAUUGCACCUUUCGGAUACUCUGAACUCUCUGUAAACUACAUUAUAAUAGUGUGUAUUUGUAUGUUAGUCAUCCCGCGCAACUAGAGGACAAGGUUCAAUAAAUCGUAAAACACCUGCGUUACUUUUGUGUCACAACACCCGCAAAUGCUGUUAGUUACAAAAAAAAACUAAAAAAUAAAAAAAAACGAAAAAAAAUAACAAUAACAAUGUGCAAUAAACAACAGCUUGGAGCCUUUCAGGGAGCAACCUUCUAUGCAACUCAUCAAACAAGCAAUAGUUAAAUAAAUUCGAUCAUCAAUGCAUUUUUAUCGCUCGUGGUGACAGACGACAACGAGGACGCUUAGCAUCAACAGCCGUGUGCCACCUUUGAGAACCGACAACUCCCGCAAACACGACGCAAUUCUUGGAGAAGCGCCUUUCAUCGAGCUGGACGGUACGAUUUGGUGCGUUGAUGAUUACCCUACUGGAUGCAUGUGUACAGCUGAAGUUUGGGAACCGUGCGUGAAUCAGCCCGUCAGAAUUCUGACCGGUACCCACUGGACGUGUCGUGGUCAUCAUUAACGUGAAGUGAAUGUUCUGACGUUUCCGGUUUUCCCUUGACGGAAGUGAGGGCACACCAGCUAGAGAGUGAAGCCAGGGGUGCUGAAUCUCUUUGUGCGCCGUGUACUGGUGAAUGUGAAUCAGAAUAAUUCAUUUCAUAAACACACAUUUGGUGUUUCGGUUUGGGAACGACAGCAUAACUUUGUACCAUAGAAAAUAUUGUUCCGUGUUUAGGCUGAUUCUGUUAUCUGCCAUUUAGUAUUGACACACACCCAUACAUAUAACUGUACGUUUCGGCGCUAGUUUUAUCACGUGCUCGUUUCCACGUUUUCCGUCUGUGACUUUGUAACGCGUACUCGUGUGCGGGUAUCGAUCGCGGUUCCCAAUCUAUCGAUGUGUAGUCUUUUAUCAACGGAAAUCGCUUAUGAAUGAACAUUAGACCCAUCCACCAAAACAUUUCGUGUUGUGAACAGUAGUGACUGGAGCCUCUGUAGCAUGAAACGUGCUCUUAAAGUUAACCAUUUUUCUCUUGAACGUGAGUGAAAUUACGAAACAAAGCAAAAAGAACAUCACAAACCAGACGACAACGAGUGAAAAACAAACAUCUUGAAAUAUAAACAAUUCAUAUACACAAGUGUAGGGAAAACAAAAACUCCGAUCGUAGAAACCCGCAAGACAAGGGAAAAGACAGAAGAAAAAAAGAUUUACAAAUAUCAACAAAACAACGCACAAGCAACUUUAAAAUAUAGCAGCCAUCUCGCACGCAAACGCCAAAAUCAUCCUCAUCAGAAUCAUGAAUCCGGGUGGCCACUCGGGGACGUCGAGGCGACCAUACUCCCGGGGAGCCAUUGCCAGGAAUCGGUCCCGGAUGCCGUUUUCGCCUCAUCAUCAUCACCAUCAUCACAACAACGGCCAUCACGGGCAUGGCCAUUCCAACAACCGGAACUACGGCGGUGGCGGCGGCCCGAAUGGUGGUGGCCAGUCGUGGUACAACAACAACAACAGUAACAACAACGGGGCCAUUGGAAAUGGCAACGGGAAUAAUAACAGCAACAAAGACAUGGAGAACAGCUUCAACUAUGGUGAUAAUAACGGGAGUAGUCCUAAAGAGUCCUUCACAUAUUCACCAAAAUCCCCACCAAUGCAAUUACAUUCCCCUCCCAUCACCAAUCGUCCAAUAAUAAUGCCUUACGGUGCCACUGAUGAUGGUAGUGUUAAUAAUAGAUCUCAACAAAUUCUUAGAGCCGGACCAAGUCACAUUGACCGCCGAAAUAAUAUGAGUAUGCAGGAUAGAAACCGGCAUACGAUGAACUCUUCAGCGCUAGAUCGUCAUGUGAAUCAUUUCGAUGGACCUUCCAACUCUUCCCGAGGGUCCGAUCUCCAUUUGGAUGCCCGGUCCGUUCUUUCGAUGGAUUCCAUGCGCAACAGUCGCGAAAAUAACAGGGAACGCAUUAGUCCGCCAUAUCACCAGGGUAACAGUUCACAUUCGAACAAUCACCAAACACCAAGUCCUUCCUAUGGACCCGACGGGAACAACGGCAUGAAGUCGGACAGUCCGUCCCGCAAGAGGCGUCGUGUGUCCAGAAUGCCUAGUCAAUCGCCGCCUGCCAUUUGGGAGCAUCGAAGAUCACCUCGUAACAACAACAACAAUAACCAUCACAACAACCACACGCAGCAGCAACAACAACAGCAACAGCAGCAGCCACCUCUUCAUAUGAACUCACACCAUCCGAACCAUCACAACCACAUGCAUCUGCCUCAACACACGGUUGGUCCGGUGCAGAUCCAACAGGGAAGUCCUCCACUACGUAGGCCACGUUUCCGUGAGCAACCCCGCCCAUGGGAACCGAUGCCGCAGGUGUUCCAACAGGCCACGCCUCCCCAGCCACAGCAUCCUUCGCUGAUGGUUGAGUUGAAUCAGGUUCCUGUUAGCCUACCCCUCGGUCAUCACGAACAGCUUUGGACCUAUUCGGCGGGACCACAUAUCUCGAUCUGUUCCGGGCACCCAGCGGCCCCACACAUACCACCAUGUCAGGUACAUGGCGUAUACUCGCAACCAUUUGCUCAAUCUUGCAACAUCGGAGGACACUUCGGAGCGUUCGCUUCAACGUCGGCUGCGCUGGCUGUGCCGCACCCUCCGCCACAUCAGUCACACUAUCAACAUCCACAUUUAACGCAACAGCGUCCCGAUGGACUAUCCUUGGAUGGCUUGGACCACACCGGCGCAUCCCCACUGCACGUGUCACCCCUGGCUGCGGCUCACAUCCAUUCCUCACCGCAGAUGACUCAGUUGUCCCCACCGCCGCCGAUCUACAUUUCCACCGAAACCGUGUUAAAUAUUCUGCAGGGUCGCACCAGCCAGUUCGAGCUGUUGCACCGGACGGCUCGUCGCGCAAUAACCGCCCCCCGGAGGAACUUCACCAGGUUCCACUGGCCGGCACCGCCGCCAUCCCAUCCGCAUGCCCACCCCGCCCAUCGUCAUCCGGCCCUGCAGCACCAGCCCCUGGCACCUCAGCCGCCGCAGGUUUCACUGUCGGCAACCCCGUCCGCCUACUCUGGCAUCCUGCUGAACUUCUUAGCCAUGUUCCCGUUGUCGACCUACGGUCAGCCGGACAUCAGCUCGCCGGACUCGAACGAGACGGAAAACUACGAAGCUCUGCUGAGCCUGGCGGAGCGCCUGGGAGAAGCCAAACCGCGCGGCCUGGCCCGGCCGGAAAUCGACCAACUUCCAAGCUACAAAUUCAAUGCCGAAACUCAUACAGGGGAUCAAACAUCGUGUGUCGUAUGUAUGUGUGACUUCGAAGCACGACAAAUUCUGCGGGUUCUGCCAUGCUCGCACGAGUUCCACGCGAAGUGUGUAGACAAGUGGUUGAGGUCAAAUCGUACCUGCCCCAUCUGUCGUGGCAACGCAUCGGAGUACUUUGAAAGCAGCGAGGAGCAGUGAAAGAGUCACCAUUGCAGUGCGCUGGAAUAAGCGUUGGUAAAGCGUAACGUGUCGUGUAGUCUAACCGAUCAUCUUCUAUUUUCCGUCAGCGUGUAGCACUGCAGCUUUUGAGUAUACUCUUCGGCGCAAAUGAUUAACGCUGUAUACUUCUUAUUAUCUAAGUAACUAAUUUCUGCCUAGCAAACCGGGAGCAGUAGAACCACCCCAAAAAUUUGGACAGAUGCCGUCGCUUGAAAUACAAGUAAAGCAAAACAAAUAAAAACAACGUAACUCCAAAAUCAGAAAUCCUUAUACUCCUUCUCGGAAAUACAAGAUUAUAUCGUAAAAGAUAAACAAGGUUAUUUGUGAAACUAUCAUUGGAAAAGGACGUAGGCGAUAGGGUUGUGCUUGAAACAAAAAACAACAUUUUAACGUAUACGUUUAUCAUUGUUUGACAUUCAGUUAUUUGCCAGGAAAAAACGGUCAAAUAUGCAUUUCAUAAAACGCUAUCUCAGAAACAUAAGUAAUAUGUUAAUUGUUAGAAAGGGUGGAUCUUUUAUUUCCACUCACAUUUUUUGCGUUUGCUAAUAAUGGACGUUAAUAGUUCGAAACAUAUAUGUAUGUUUAUCAAAUUACAUGCAUAGAAGAGUUGUUUUCUUGGCGUAAAUAGACUUGACCAUUUUUUGGAAUACCGUUGAAACCGUCGUCUAGUGAAGAAAAAAAAUGCACCUGCCUCGAAGACAUUUUCAAAUAGCAAUAAAGCAAUUUUAUACCCAGUGAACCAUAUUUUUAGAAUGAAACAACAAAUAAUAAUUAAGCGGUUCUUAGGAACACGUUUUCAUCUUUCCUUCCUAAUAAUAAAAAAAAUUCUAAAUUUUCUAUUUUCAAACUACGCUAGAGCCCGCAGCAGAAAGCCAUCUACAAGUUAUAACAACUCAACAAUUAUAUAUAUGGUGUGAACAAACAAACAAAAAACAUAAUACAACGCAUAUAGUAGCUUUAUUUUUCCUGUAAUAAUUCAGUGUAAUUGCGAACUAAGCAACAACAACAAAAAAAACAAAAGAAACAAAAAUGUUAAUAUAUCGGUGUGAUCAAAGUAUUAGACAAAACACUUCACAGAGACCAUCUGAAGCGUAGUAGUGGAACAGCAACAGAUUAAUAAUAAAAUGAAAUCUCUUUCCCCAUUCGUAUAGGAACUGCUCAAAAAUAGAUGCACCUACCAAACUGUCGACUUGGAACUGUUUUGCUAUCUACCAAAUGGAUGUUAAUCAUUAAAACUUUGAUAGUAACUGAUUUCUGUUGAUUUUAAAUGAUUGAUGAGAAGUAACAUUGUGCAACACUGAUCAUUUCGAAUAUGAUAACUUUGAUAAGGACCAACCUAUGGCUUCUAUCUUUAGAACGUUUCCUUCAAUUCAAUGUGUUUUUCGUACCGUUCGUUUCACAUUGAUUCCGAAAAUUCUGAUCACAAAAUUUUUAUUUUUUAACCUGAUUCCGAUACAGAACUAAAAAUCUAUGUAAUCAUUCUACAUUGUGGGUAAGGAGUUUGAAUUCAGCUUCUGAAUCUGUUUUUCAAAAAUUUUAUUCUAAAUUUUGAUUUUGCGAACGCCUUUCGGUUUUUGCUUUUUAUAACUGUACUUCUAGAAUGAUUUCAUAUAAUUUCUACUUCAUAUUAAGUCUUGAGCUCUCCUUUUUUUUCAUUUUUCGGAUAUUUUCAUCCUAUUGGAUGGUUCAUCCCAAGAACAGCUCUUUUUUUGAAAUUGUUCUGUUAACUUUGCAUCGACAUCUUCUUUAUUUGAUUUUUUUUUAAUUUUUCAAUGUUGUUUUUCGUUGGUUUGUAAAUUUUCAGAAUUUGCUUCAUUGAAGUUGAGAUGCAGAUAAUAACAGUAUAUUUUCUCUAGUACUACAUUCACAACUACAUUGCAGUAAUUUAUUUUAGCAAUAUUCCGCAAUUAUUUUGAUAGUAAAAAAAACUACAGGAAGUUAGAGUUUCAUUGUGAACAAAAAUCAAUAAAUAUUUGGCAAUUAGGAUAACACUUUGAAAAUAAAAUUAGAACACCCACACAUUCAACAAGUUAAAAAAUAAAUUUGAGAAUCCUAGUUAAUUGUUUUAUUGAAAUUCAGUACAAUCGUUGGCCGUAUUUCAAUGAUCCAAGAAUUAAAAAUAUAUUCAAUUUUUCUUCAACUCUACUUUGUAAAGAUGCUAUCAACGAAUGGAUUGUAUGGGAAAAUUAUGAAAACCCGAAGGUUGAUCCUGUCAGUAAAUCAGCUAAACACAUAUCAGGUGAUGUCAGUAAGUAAAAAGCCAACCUUUUUCUCUAAAACCAUGUCAGUUGACGAAAACCAAAACAACUCACCCUCAACUGCAAAUAAUCGAUCGAUUUUGAAGUUUGAUUUUUUACUCCAAUCCUAAACGCAUAUAUCCUCAUCAAUGUUAUUUUUUUUUACUCUACUAAAACGAAAUAUUACAAUUCAAUAGCAUACUAAAAACGAAAACGCAAAUGAAACCCGGAAUGGUAAGCACACUUUAAAAAUUUUACUGCAAUGGCUUUGAGAAAGCAAUGAACUGAAAGUAAGUUAAAUCAAAACAAUGCAAAAAUGCGAAAAUUGAAUAUAAUUUUUGAACCAUAAAAGGCGAACACGAAAUUAUUGUGACACCCAAAAUGUCAUGUCAAUUUUCUUAUAAUGUUUAGAACAAACCAAAAUUGUAGGGUAGUUUUAUACAAAUAUUUAUUUACUUCAAAAAUCAAAAGAAAAGUAAAUCGAUGGAGCCUUGAGUGUAAAAUCAAAGUCUUUACAGUAUCAUCCGGUACCAGUUUCUCAGUUUUUUCCAAUUUCUUAUGGCGUAUUUUUUUUUGAUUCCGAAUUUGGCUCUGAAACCGUCAGAAUAGAAAAACGAGUUUCGGGUUUCGAGUUAUUCCAUACGUAGGUGUGCGUGAGAACGAGCGCAAUGUUUACAUGCAGCUGUCAUUUUGUUCUCCCUUCUGGAUUUCUUCAUUCAGUUCUUCACAUCCGGAUUGCCGUUUAUCGUGUCCGGAUUGCACUGGACUGCAUAUAGUACGAUUUUCCUUGGCUGAGAGGUUCCAAAUCUUGGCAAUAAUCAUUUGCCCGUUCAUUAUUUCAACUGUUUGUUUUCAGCCAAAAACAGCUGUUUAAUGUUUUGACAACAACGUUGAGAGUAUUGGUGAACUUCUCGCAAAACUGACUUUUUUCUCAGGGCGACUCCGUCCCUUUUUCGAGCGAACCUAGGUUGCCUCUCACGCAAUAAAUGAGCACGAUGACAGCAGUUAGAGCGAACCUAGGUUGCCUCUAGUUUGCCUCCAGGAGUAAAAAAAUACGGUAUUAGAAUGUCAUUCUCGUCUUUGACUAUCUUCUUGCUCUUCCGAAGUUCCCGCUUCAUUAUUGCCCAGUACUGCUCCAUCGGGCGCAGCUCCUAACAGUUUAGCGGGUUCAUGUUCUUUGGAACAAUAUGAACAAAAUUGGCCUGGAUACUUUCAGAAUAGUGGCAUGAUGCCAAAUCUGACCGAAAUAACGGAGCUUCGUCGUGCUGCUGCAAAAACGGCAGAAGCUGCUUCUCGUGACACACAGAUUUGUAGGUUUUCGCCCUUUGUCACGAAAGGCUCAGUUCGCAAGAGCAGAUGGCCUGCCAAACAAGAUUUUUGGAGGUGAAUUUCGAAAUUUUCUUCUUUAAUUUGUUGUCCACAACGAACUGAUUCUGGCCGGUGAAAAACUCCAACCCCGGAAUUUGCUUAAAAUUGACUUUUAUAUACGUUUCGUCGUCCAUUACACAGCAGCCAUAUUUUGUCAGCAUCUUCUCGUAAAGCUUCCGUGCCCGACUUUUAGCCGUCGAUUGUUGCCGCUCAUCGCGGUUUGGGAAGUUCUGUAUUUUGUAUGUAUGUAGUCCAGCUCUCUUCUUUUCAUUCUGGACGUAUCUCUUUGACAUGCCGAUCAUUUUAGCCAAAUCACGGCUAGAGACGUUGGGAUUUGCUUUAAUCAUCCGCAUCACCUUUCCCCCCGUCUUUUUGUUCUGCGGUCCCUGUUUUCUUCCAGCUCCUUGCCGCUCCUGUAACCGCUUCAGCACUCUGGAGACGGUUGAAUGGUGUAUGUUCAACAUUUUUCCCAACUUCCGGUGCGACAGAUCAGGAAGAUCCAGGUGUUUGGAAAGAAUAGCACCUCCAUUUUUGUUGAAUCGGAAAAUACGACUUCGAGUUUGACAGCAUGUAAACAAUACACAUCAAUGAGAAAGUGCGCAAAAUUUGGUUGAUUUUUACCCAAUGGAAAAAAGUAAUGCCCUGUAAUUUCGUGUUCGCCCUUUAGCACUGAUUCUGAAUUCCACUUUUCAAAUUCUUUUCAUUGAAAAUUUCACGAUAAAACUAUUUUGUCGAAUUAUAAAGCUUUAUUUUCGUUUUGUCUUAUUGAAAUAAAUUUUUAAUUUGAAAAUAAUAUCAAAUCUUUAAAAAUUAUUGAUUGAAAUUAUGGAAUAAGAACUGAAGAAUAACCGAAACGAAACAGUUCUGAAUGUGCUCUAUCAUAUGCCGUAACAGACUGUGUCGAUUUGGGGUCAUUUAUGAAUUUCUCUCCAGGGGUCCUUAAAAAUUUCGUUUUGGUUCAAAACUCAUCCAUGAUUUUUUGUGCAAUUUUCAAGUAACGUUAACAUGAGUAAAUUUGAACUUUCAUGUUUGUAAGGGAAAAUUAAAUAUUUUGUUCUGAUAAUUCAACAUCAUUUUUGUUUCUUCUAUGGAAACGAACGAGAUACUGCAUGGCUAAUUCCAAGGAAUACUUUGAUAGACACAAGCAGUGAUGCCAGUUGAAUUGAUUUGUUUUCAAUGCCUAAAGACAUACCCCUAUCCAACAGCUAAUAACUUUUUUGCCCAAUAAGUUACGAAGUUAUGGUCUUGGACAAAGUUGUUAAGCGAAAAAUUUCCUUUGAAGAAUUUACAAAUUGGUACAGAACUCAUUCCUAGGCUCGGUUCUACUGAAGCAACAAAAAUGAUGUUGAUGUUUCAAAACAAAAUAUACAAUACAAACAUAAAAGUUCAAAUUUACUCAUGUAAACGUUACUUAAAAAUUCUGCAAAAAUUCAUGGAUGAGUUUUGAACCAAAACAAAGCCUUAAAGACCCCAGGGAUUGAAAAAAUAAAAUAUGACCCCUAAUCGACCCAGUCCGAUGCUGUAAACGUAUCAAAAUCCAAUGUUUCACUGUUCCGAAGGAAGGCUCAUAGUGGUAUCUUUUUCUAUCUUUGUUUCAUAGUUCUACCUACUGUGUAGAUUAGUUACUUAAAUCUUAUCAAAGUUAUUUUUUGGACUGUUUUUGGCUCCUUUCAUAUCGUUUAGUUGGAUCAGUUUGAUAUUUCAAUAAAUAAAACUAAGCUCGGUAACUAAUAAAAUCAGAGCAAUUAGAUGUUAUAACACUGUGCUUCUUGUUAUGGUGAUUAGGUUUACGGUUUAAAAAAGAAAUUAUUUUUGGCUCAUUCUUUGACCUCGAAAACUUCUAAUUCAUUUGGUUUGUCAAUUAAUUUAGCCUUUUACGGAGCAGAAUAUAGUUCUAAGUUUCAAAACAAUUUGCAUCGGUUUAUUUCCUAGUUCGUAAGAAGCUUCCGUUACAUGUUGAUUGUACCUACUAUUGUUUUAGAUGUUUGGAUUGCUUUUGGAACUUAAGUUUGGUGGUUUAUCGGAAACUGCGCCGACCUUUCCUAUCUGUACUAUAAGUUUUUUUUUUGAAAAAGCAGGUUGAAAGUGUGUGUCGUGUUGUAAUGCUACAAAAAAAUUACUCUUUAUAAAUAGGACCUAAUAAUUCACAUUAUGUUUUGAUCUCGUUUGAAAUGGAAUUGCUUCAUAUCGGCCAAGUGCAACCUUGUUUUCCUUCUAAUAUUGAGAGGUUAGUUUCUUUUUUAAGUUUGACCGUUUAGUUUUGGUUUCCUCUAAGUGUUUUUAGUGGUCAAUAAUAUCGCAAAUCUUAGUACGUUUUUCUUUGUCAACCAUUUUGAAGAACUGCGCUAGACUGUCCACUUUUACUAUCGAACGUAACACGCACUAUAUAAUCAACUUACAGUUUUAGAAUGCACAAUUACGCCAUCACAAGACCAAGUAAAUUUAUUUUGUUGUAUUUGAGAACAUUCCAUUUUAAUCAUCGUAAAUAAGCUUUGAUAAUAUGUAUACAUGCUUUUGUAACCAAAUGUUUCAGUUACUGUUAAGCCAGUGUCAAAAUGAAUAAAAAAAUAGAUUAAUGGUUUCUUAAAUUUCAUGCAUUUCGCUCCUAAAUGUGAUACCAAAAAGUACAUUAGUAGUAGAUUACAAAUAGAAAAACACCUAUCAUUCAAAUCUCUAAAAACUUUCGCAAUAGAUAAGAGCUUGUUGAAGUUUAUCCUCGAAGAGAAAUCAGUAAAGUAUAUUUUUUAACCUACCGUAAGUAGCUGGUUUGCCUUGUUUACCAAUACACAAUUUUACUGUAAUCCAUAACAAAAAAAAAAGAAACAGAUUAAAAGUAAAACAAUACUGAUCAUACAAAACAACCAUUUGCCAUUGAUACCAUUAAGAAUACCUUAAGUGUCGUUGCCACUGUAUAUACAGUCCUAGAUGUUUUAGCUCAAUAGAUUUUCCAUAUAAGUGAUAAUAAAAAAAAGCCGAAACGCUAACAUAAAGAAGAAAAAAGACAAUUAAAAUCGAAUACAACCAUACAACGGAAUGUACAUAAUCUAAACACGAAAAACGCAAUAAGACAUUUUAGACUACCAGAUAGAGAAAAAGUUUUACAAUAAAACGAAAGUAUCGACUAGAUAAAAAGUUAAAAGAAAAAAAAGAUUAAAAAAAAACAACAACAAAAGUAACGACUAUUUUGGGUGUGCCUUUUUAUACAUUGUACAAUUUAAAAUGUGGCCACGUAACCAUAUUGAAUUGAUUAACCAUUAACCACACACAACAAAACAACUAUCUGUACUAUUUCCUGUGCUCUUCACAUCAAAACAACGACCUCGUUUCAUUCCAUCUGAUUUGCUUAACCUGCAUUUUCUUAAAAUAUGCAAACAACGCAGCUGCAAAACUAUACAUUUGAACCUUUGGUUUUGAGUCCCUCCUUCUUCUUCCCUAUAAAGCGUAGUUAUAAUCUCUUUACAUGUGAACGUCAGAGUGUAAUUGACGCGAUUAUCUUACAACUUCGAGGACGUUUGAGAAAAAGCCCAUUAAAAAUCAACCAAAACGUGGUAGCAAACGUUAGAGACAUCGGCUCAAAAGUUUAUAAGUUUGAACAACUUUUUCAUCAAAAACCAACAAAAAAAAUACCACAACCACACAAAACACACUUACGCAUGCAUGUUAUGGUUAUUGACGUUGUAAAAGCAAAUCAGUACGAUUUCUAACAAAAGCCCAAUAAAACCAAACAAUAACAAAGAGUAAACAACAACAAAAACCGUUCUAGUGGGAUUAAUUUUUAUUAUAUUUUAACAGUAUCAUCUAUAAUUAUAUACACAAUAAACGAUUAUUGUAAUAAAAUGCGCUUUUUGUACGUUUUCCCUUUUUCUCUAGUGAUACCUGUGUAGGUUGGAGUUGUUCUAUUCCUUUUUUAUUUCAAGGUAGUAAACCUCUUUCUUUCAACACUCUUCUCACUCUUUCUUCCUCUUUUUUGCGUACUUGCAAGCUACUGACUUAAAGCAUAUAUAUCUGCCUGAUGAGCGGUAGUCGGAAUUGCAACUUAAACGACUUGAUUGUGGGGAACCCCUUCCAAAUCCUCUUAAAAUUAUUCUAGGUUCUUUUGGAAGCUUCAAAUUGCUAGUGAGCUUAAAGGAAAGGUGUGAAUGUAAUAAAAUUGUCAUUGCCUGUUUUCAAAAAAAUGGGAAAGGGACUUCGAGCCUAUCCUUUCAGUUUCUCUUCAGUUUAGAAACAUUGUCAUAUUAAAAAGUCAAAUUUUCGAUUUUGCAUUUUUUCUGAGAGAUAAAAUUCCAAUAAAAACAUCAACCUUAAAUAGUAGGAAUUUUGGAAGGAUCAAGAGUGCGUAUUUUUACUUCUUUGACUAUCCGUUAGGAAUUUUUCAACAUUAGGAACUUUUAUCCUGUAUCUUAUUCCCGUUUGCGCGAAUCAGUGUCAUCAGCAUGAUCAUUUAUUUGAAAGGCUUUUGCGAUGUGACGGUUUAGAUUUUGUUUUGUUUUUCUUUUCUUGCACAUUUGCAAUUUAUUUGAGGUUCAAUUUUGUCUGCUUUCUAUAUGUUUAACCAAUAUUUUUAGAUAGAAAAUAAAUCAUCGUAAAAUA